CAGGCGGGUGCAGCCGAGGCUGAGGUGCGGGGGCCGCUGUGUUCCGCGGGGAGCGGCUGUUGCGAGGUCUCGGCCGAGGGUCUCUCCGGUGUCCGUCUCCUUGUCCCGCUCUCUCCUCCUGCUCGCUGCCCGGCGCGGCCCAGUCAUGUCGGGGAUGCUGGGGAAGCUGUUCGGGACGGGCGGCAAGGGCGCCGGCAAGGGCCCGACCCCGCAGGAGGCCAUCCAGCGGCUCCGCGACACCGAGGAGAUGCUCAGCAAGAAGCAGGAGUUCCUGGAGAAGAAGAUCGAGCAGGAGCUGGUGGCGGCCCGCAAGCACGGCACCAAGAACAAGCGGGCUGCUCUUCAAGCCCUAAAACGCAAGAAGAGGUACGAGAAGCAGCUGGCGCAGAUAGAUGGCACGUUAUCAACAAUUGAAUUCCAGAGGGAAGCCCUUGAAAAUGCCAAUACCAAUACUGAAGUGCUCAAGAAUAUGGGCCUGGCUGCUAAAGCUAUGAAAGCUGCUCAUGACAACAUGGAUAUCGAUAAAGUAGACGAAUUGAUGCAGGAUAUUGCUGAACAGCAGGAGCUGGCAGAUGAAAUUUCAACAGCUAUUUCAAAGCCUGUAGGAUUUGGGGAAGACUUUGAUGAGGAUGAACUGAUGGCAGAAUUGGAGGAACUAGAACAGGAAGAACUAGACAAAAACCUGUUGGAGAUCAGUGGUCCCGAGACAGUACCACUACCAAAUGUGCCCUCAAUAGCAAUACCAUCAAAGCCAGCCAAGAAGAAAGAAGAGGAGGAUGACGAUGACAUGAAAGAGUUGGAAGCUUGGGCUGGAAACAUGUAACUACAGCAGCAACCAUUUGGAAAAACAUAACAGACUUUGGCCACCUGGUUUAGGUGCACGUGUAGUGUGUUCGGGACAAAACAUUAAGCAAAAUGUCUUUCUCUCUUUAAUCUUAACCCAAAGCAGUGGGCACUGCAUUGCUGUACUCUGCAUAGCACGGUCUGCGCAAAGGAAACAAAGGGUGUCGGGGAAAGUUGCCUGCAGUUGAUGAUGUUGAAUUUCUGUAAAAUAAAAUAUAUUUGCAAAAUCCAACAUUCAGCUUUUGGACUAUGCUAAUGCCACUGCUGGAUCUUCAUCUUGUAGAGUUUGGGGCAUAUUGAAUUUAAAUGACCUGAAAUGCAGCCUGUAAUUUUAAGUCAGUUGAAAGUGUGUCUAGAAGUCUUGUAAGACAUUUAAAAAGGAAAAGUCAUAAGCCACCAUUGGCUUCUCAUGUUUAGAUAUAAGAAUGCGUUAGGUUUUUAGUUCUUUGCACUCUGUAUUUAUUUCCUUUGACUGUGUGAUCACCUAUCACUGCACUGACCUAGUCGCUGUUCCCAUUUUUAAUUAGUGAAAUUGAUUUGAAAUUGAUAAACACGACUUUGGAAGUAAGGGAGAUUUACACUUAAAAUCCAGCUGUACAUUUUUUUCUAUGUAGCAGUGCAGUGUUCAUUGCUAUUUGUGAUAACUGGUAACCCAUUCAGAUACAUGCACACAUCUAUUUUAAUUAAGAAACUAUGGUUUGCACUGUAUUAAAUACCUUGUUUAAUUUUCA